UCUCGUAGCAGAAAUCCGGACAGAACUGGCAUCGUCGCGGAUAUUGUAACACGCACCCACCACAAGAGUUACCAGAAGCCCAGUCGCGUUGGAGAUGGCGGCGGUAUCAAGGCCAUCACUUUUCCUCCCGACAAUCAAAUGCUCGAGCUGCAAUGCAGAGCUCGAAAUCUCCGCCAUGGGGGACCAUGUGUGUUCCGUUGAACCGAAACCCACGAUGGGUACGAUACCAGAGUCGACAAAAAGAGACACCAGUUUCACCAACUUCAUGGACCAUCCAUUAACACGUAGUUUACAGAAUGGUCACAGUCGGGAGCCAUCAAGCAAUGGAAGUGUAAUGUCCGGUCGCCCAGUGUCACCGGGUCCGGUGAAGGCCACAAGAAUGAUGCCACCACGGAUCGACCCUUCUGUCGCGAACCGACAAUUUAUCCGGCACAAUGACGUCGGCUCAGUGAGCAGUGCAGCGAGUUUCCGAGCAAAAUCACCGGCGCCUUCCCACGCUGGGACAAAAUCUCAAUAUCGGAUCCCACCUCGGAGCGCAACCUCUCCUCUACCAAGACCGGUCAGUCCGGCUUCUCCAGAAUUGCUCAGUUUUGACUGCGCAUUUCCGCCCUUCCCAACGUCGAAGCAGAAGAAUGCAACACAUACAAGCGUCCGAUCAUGCAGGGAGGGUAGCAUGCUGCGGACAAAUCAUAAACCCGACUACAGCUUUGCGCCAGUGAGCCCUAUCUCGACAGGCGGUGACAGUGUCAUGAAGCGGAUGAACACAAUUGCACCUGGACCUUUCGAUGUGCGGCAACGAAACGGCAGCUUCGACCUCCGCGCUUCAACCAACGAUCAGAAUGCUCUGAUGCGGCCAACGACCCCCAGUUCCAGCGCCAGCCUUGAUCGACCUCAUUCUGCACGACCGUCCACGGCUAACACCGAUACAUCUGGGGCUUCAAGCGAGGAUAAGCAACAGACAUCUCCUACCGGAAAGUCUCGUCCGGGCCCUACCAAAGUUCCACCCCCGAGGCCUGCGCGUGGUGAUGGCCUGUUUGGCACACCAGACGACUCAUCCAUUGCCGGGGCCAUCCCAAGCCUUGACAUGUUUCGGUUUGAAACCCGAUCGCAAACUUUUCCUGUCAGAGCGGCGGAGCAGAAUAAAUCUUUAUCCCCUGCUCAUGACAUCAACCGACGGCCGUCCGAACCGCUUCUGUCGUCAGCCACGACUCGGCCUGCCUUAACGGCAUCAAUGCGAGCAAAUACAGACACAGGAGUGGACCUCCUGGUAGACUCGCAGAUGGGAAAGCCUCAAGAGCGGAGGUCUAUGAUGAAGGGGCUGAAGAUAACGCCUGUAGCUCCAAACCCCCGCGCUGUUCAAAAUGAAGCGACGAAACUAGCAAGUGCACCGCCGGUGUUGGUCACCGAUUUUGCAAAGGAGUUUUCCAAUGGAAAUCCGUAUCAUGCACCCUCGGACUCCAUGUCAUCUAACGAUUCAAGCUAUGAGUCUGACUCCCGAACGGGUAGCUCAGAGUCUACACCGUUGUCCGAAACCUCCAGUCAAUUCAGCAAGCAAUUACCUGGAGUGAGUCCUGUCGAUGUCAAGAAAUCUCAAGAUCCAGCACCAAUGGAGGAAGCGAAAGAAGCUCAACUGGUCAAGGAUGCGGAAGCGGCGGAAGCAGCAGAAGACGUAAAAGCACUGUCCCCCGCACGCGUUCCUUUCUCCCCCCAGCCUCCAGAGUCACCAAUGGACCCAGCAAUGCAGGGAGGUCGAUUCGUAUCACCGUCAACUUCCAAAACAGCACAUUCGGAAUCUGUCGGCAACACUCCUCGCCUUGAAAAGCCUCCCGUUGCCAAGAAAAAUAAGGGACUUUGUCGCGGCUGCGGAACCAUGAUCCAAGGCAAAUCUGUCAGUUCUGCUGACGGGAGAUUGACCGGUCGAUACCAUAAGCGCUGCUUCGUUUGCCAGACUUGCAAAGAACCCUUCCAGACGGCCGACUUUUACGUCAUCAACAACCAGCCGUACUGUGAGACCCACUACCAUCAGCUUAACAAUUCCGUCUGCCAAAGGUGCAAUCGAGGUAUCGAAGGAGAAUAUUUGGAAACGGAAGCAUCACAAAAAUUUCACUCUGCCUGUUUCACUUGCAACGAAUGUCGAACGGUCCUUCGUGACGGAUAUUUUGAAAUGGGCGGCAAAUUCUAUUGCGAGCGUCAUGCCACUCUUCAACGAAACUUCCUCGGCCCAGGCCGCAAGCAUCCCGAACGGCGCACAACGCGACUUAUGGUGAUGUGAAACGACACCGACCCUUUGGACUUUUUUUUUUUCUUUCUUCUCAAACUUCUUCUUGUUUCUGCGGAAACUAUAUUGUAUACCCAAUUGACGACUGGCGUUACCUGUCUUGGUUAAAUCUACUUACUCUGCGCAUUCAUACUUGCAAGGCUUAUUCUCGGUUUUGCAUAUACCCGUGCAUAUACUCGUUUAUGCAUUUACAAGGCGCUCUGCGUAAUUUCUAAUGUCUAAUUUUCGAUUUCAUGUCUGACGGAAAACGCGAAUUUUUACGCUCGUUGAAAAAAAAAAAAAAAAAGGAGUCUUACCAGUGUGGCCACCGUUUGACUUCUGAAGCAGGAUAUCGCAGCGUCAAUCAGU